UGAUACUUUUAUUGUAAUGAAAAUUUUUCGAAAAUGGUUGUUCCGCCAAUUGAUAAACCAAUAAAAACUUCUAAAACAAAACAAGGUGCUGGAUUAGCGCCUAUUGAAUUACCAAAAAAGCCUGUUUAUUUAAAUGUGAGGGAAUAUUUAUUAUCGAAAGCGGAACUUAAACGCGUCAAAAAAUAUCCAUUAUGGGAUAUACCAAGAGGAACACCAGCAACCGAAUUAGUACGCGCUCGACGAGAGUUAUCUGAUUCAGAUAAACGUUUAAUUGAAAAGCGUCAACAGCAUGAAAUACGCCGAAUCGAACUCAAUACAAAAUGGAAUGAACUUCGUCAAAAAGAGAAAGAUUUACGUGAAAGUUUUUUAAAAUAUAGUGCUUUUACAAAAGAAAAUGCCGAUAAACGAGAACGUACGGAACGUAAAAUUAAAGACGAAACACUUGUUCAUAAAAAAUUGGAUCAAAAAAUUCAUGAACUCAAACAUCUUUACAAUAGUAUGAACGAAACUAAAGAGAACUUGGAAAAAUAUUGUAACGAUUUUAAAUUUUACAAAGAUUUCUUAGAACUCGUUGUACAAAAUUCUAAAGAAUUUAAAGAUGUACAAUCGUUGUUAAAUCGUUACGAAACUUUGGCUGGUGUUCGAGCUGAAUUAGCCGAACGACAAGCACGUGAUUUGGAAUUGUUGGAGAGUACUCGUGCUCAAAUGAUGCGUAUUACCGAAGAGAAAAAUUAUGCACUCAUUAAUUUCAAUACAAAAGUUGCUGAAUGUCAGAUACGGUACGAAAAAGCGCGAGCGUGUGCUUUAAAAUGGGAAUCGGCUUUAUCAAAUGUGAAAAAAAUGUCGGAGAUGAAGACACUCGAAAUGAAAAUUGUACAAGAUGGUGCGUGGAAUUUAUAUAAAGCGAUUUGUGCUCGAAAAGGUAUGGAUACAACCAUUGAUAGAGAAAAUACAGAAGAUCAGUUGAUUUAUAUUAAACAGACAUUGGUGGAUUUACGUAAAAUUAUUCGAAUUGCGAAAAAACGUGCGAUUAAGGAUAUGGUUACUGAUGAACCCAUUUCGAAUGAGCCUUCUAUUGAGGUUGUAAAAUUAUUUAAUGGUUAA